AUGGGAGCAUCGUUGGACACUCCGGCGAGGUGUCCCCUGUGCAACGAGUUGACCCGGGAGCCCGUUACUCUGAAGUGCAACCACCGAUUCUGUCGACGAUGUAUCGGAGACUUGUGGAGCAUAACGCCGGACGGGCCGUUCCAUUGUCCGGAGUGGAGGUGUAAAACUGUGUACCAGACUCUGCCGUUUGACCGCAGCUUUAUACGGCCGCCCGCCCCGAGUCGACGAGCUCAGCCUCGCAGCACUGCAGCCACAUCCAGUAACGAUGAAGAAAACAGAUCUGACUCGACAUUGAGGAGACCCUCACUCACCAGCAGACUCCUUGGGAAGAGAAAGGCCAGCACACCUGCACCAGAACAACCUGACACAAAGCGAUCAACUGUGGAAUCUCCCCGUGAGCAGCCCAGUGACGCAGAGACUCCCACCACUUCCUUCUCAGAUAAACCUGGGCAGUCGACAGGUGUGGAGACAUUCAAGAAAGCAUUGCACCCAGAAUCUACACAGUCUGAGCGUGGUGAUGGCACAUCCUCCAGUGACAAGUCUGACAACAAGGCAGUACCUGCGAGUGAUGUGCCACAAGACAUCUCAGUCCAGCAGAGCCAGCAUAAACCAGAAGAAAUCACAUUGGAUGACUCUGACAGCUCAGAUGAAGUAGAUAUAUGUGAUGCACCUCCUCUUGCAACACCCAGGAAAGACACACAAGUGACAGGAAUUCAUGCCUCACCAACAAAAUCUGCCUCACCUGCCAAAUAUGAUUUCUUUCCUGGUGAAAAGUCUCCAGUACAUAACGUCAAGUCACCUCUGAUACUCACCAAACAUCCUGCCGCUGCUCCAGGAUCCUCUAGCCUUGGCGUCUUUUCCAGGCCAGAAAACAAAAAUGCCAGCCCUGUGCCCUGCCAUUAUUGCCCUAAAACUGGGUAUCAGUCUGCUGUGAAGACUUGCCUGGUGUGCGGAGCUUCCAUGUGUACAGAGCACCUGCGUCCCCACCUGGACUCCCCCGUGUUUCAGAAUCACACCCUGGUUCCUCCCAUGGAGGACAUUUCUCCCUGGAGGUGCCAGGAGCACCAGGAGAUAAACAGAAUCUUCUGUCGCCAGUGUGGAGUGUGUGUGUGCACGGUGUGUACCGUCAUAGGCUCCCACCGUGACCAUGUGUGCAUCAGCAUCAGGGAGGCAGAGAGAGAGCUCAGGGGGAACCUGAAAGAAGAGAUCAAACAACUGCAGGAUGCUGAACAGCAAGUGAAGAACAGAGUGACUGAAUUUAUGCAGAAGAAAGAGACCUCCACAGUGCUUUUAAGUGAGUCACGAGAAGGAGUGCAGCAGCAGUACAGAGCCAUCAGAGAGGCCCUGGAGCAGGAGGAGCAAUCAGCUCUGGAGUGUGUGAUAAAGGAGGAGAGCAGGGUUCUGGGUGGACUAGAGGAGAAACUCAGCCACCUCCGGAGCUCCCUGCUGUCCAUCCAGCAAGGCCUCCACACUCUGGAGGGACUAGCUGAUGCCAAGGGAGAUAAACGCAUACAGGAGCAGGCCUUCAUUAUGGAGUACAGCAAAGUCACCCAUCUGGCUAGUGUCAGAGGAAACUUUGUGGAGCAGUUCGAGGCUCCAGAGGAAGUGGAUCAGGCCCGGCUGAAAUGUUUGCAGAGGUGGACAGAGAAGCGGCUGGACACAGUGAUCAUCACUGUGCCAGGCAAAGACAGAGACCUCUACAGACUGCUCUAUGGUACUGUCCCCGUCUUGGAUGCAGAUACAGCCCAUUCCAAGCUGCAGCUGUCUGAGAGCAACAGGAGAGUGACCUACAGCGAGGCUCAGCAGUUCUACACAGAGCACGACGCUCGCUUCAGCUCCUUCCCACAAGUCCUUGCCUCCUGUGCCCUGGAGGGGGGCCGCUGGUACUGGGAGGUGAACGUGUCUGUGGAGGACGGCCGCUGGAAGGUGGGGCUGAGUGAGGGACAGAUUGAGAGGAAGGGCCAAAAGGACAACUCUCGUCUGGGCUUCAACAGCUACUCCUGGUGCCUCGCCUGUGACAAAAGGAAGGUGGAAGCUCUGCAUAACAAAGUGUCAGUUCCUGUGGAUGCCGACAUGCUGCAGAAGGUGGGAGUGUUCCUCGACUUUGAAGAGGGUAUUUUAUCAUUCUUUAAUGUGACACCAGGGGGCAGUGUAGCUCUAAUGCAUUCCUAUAAGCACAGGUUUACUGACCCUCUUUACCCAGCCCUGUCUGUGUCUAAAACACAGCUGGCCAUCUGUGAUCUGUUCCAGUCAUAAACCAAUGCAAUACUGACAUGUCAGUUCUGCUGUAAAAAUACAGAACACAUGAAAGUACAGUGCCUUUUUUUGUAUGUGAAAACCACUUCUUCAUAAAACUGCACCAUGUUGUAAAAUUCUCGGGAAUGAUGUCAUGCACUGUUUAACGCUGCAAAAAUGUGAUUUUAUAUUAUGUCAUAGAACUGGAUUUAUCAUGCUAGAACUGCUGUUCUCUUUACAUUACACCUGUAACAUUCCAAACACUGACUGGAUAUUUUCCAUAUCAGGAUGCUCAGUUUUAAGUUAAGUUUUUACUUUGAGAUUGUCAGUGAGCAAAUUAGAUUUUUAAAUUGGUGGCAUAUGAACAAUAUUGAUCAAUAAAAAAAAAAAAAAACGUUUGAUAAUAUUUCCAUUUUUAAUCUGUGUUAAAAAUGUUGGAAUUGUUGAGAUGUUUGAGACCUUUUUCAUCCUCUGGUGAGUCAUUGUCCUUCUACAGAA